AUGGGUUCAACAAGGGCCUCCACGACGCUCGCUGAGCAUUUCAAGCUCAACAACGGACUGAGCGUUCCAGCACAAUCUAAGCCAAAUGAGGUAAAAAAUGCUGUUGAGCUCGCCCUCAAGUCAGGCUAUCGCCAUGUCGAUGCUGCGGCUGUGUACGACAAUGAGAAGGAAGUGGGCGAGGGCAUCAAGGCGUCCGGUGUUCCCCGCAAAGACAUCUUCUUGACCAGCAAGCUCUGGAAUACCCAUCACAAGGGUGAGGAUGUUGAAAGGGCAGUGGACACAAGCUUAGCAGAUCUCCAGACCGACUAUCUGGAUCUUUACCUGAUUCACUGGCCAGUGACAUUUCGUCGCAUCAAUGACACCGAGCGUUUCCCCAUCGAUGAGCAAACAUUUGGCGUAGAUGUCAUUGAUGUUCCGACAAUAGAGACGUGGAGAGCGAUGGAGGCUCUGGUGAAGAAGGGGAAAAUCAGGACCAUCGGUGUCUCUAAUUUCUCCAUCGCCAAGAUCAACGAGAUAUGGGACGCCGCCGAGAUCAAGCCGGCGGUCAAUCAGGUCGAGCUUCACCCAUACUUUGCGCAGCCCGAAUUGGUGAAGUGGUGCCAAGAUAAGGGGAUCGUUGUUGAAGCCUACUCUCCACUUGGGAACAACAUCUACAGCUUGCCCAUGGCCAUUGAGGACCCGGUUAUCAUCCAACUGGCAGAGAAGCUUGGCAAGACGCCUGCUCAAAUCGUACUCAGCUGGAUUGUUCAGCGAGGCGUCGUCGUCCUCACAAAAUCAGUCACUCCAUCGCGAAUCAAGUCAAACCUGGAAGUUUCCGAGUUGCCUGCGGACGUCUUCGAGAAGGUCAACUCGCUCGACCGCAAUCACAGGUACAACUUGCCUGCGAGAUUGGGAGUUGACAUCUUCGGGGACGCGAAGCCCGAAGUACUCGCAAAGGCAGUUGCUGAUUUCAGGAAGAAGACGAGGCAAGCGCGUGGACUGGAGGCAUAG